AUGCAGAGAAUGGAUUUUGAGGAUAAGAAGUCCAAGAAGUAUUGCAUGAAGAAAAAGCAUGUAGCCAUCAUCUGUGCUGUAGUGGCUGCGGUAGGUUUAGCUGUGGGACUUGGCGUGGGAUUAAGCAGACCUGAGCCUUGCCAACCUUCCGGAGGCACAGAACAGCUAGCAACCACUACUCCUGGGACAGUGGAGGCAAGCCACUGCCCUCCCAAAAAUGAUGCAAGUGGAGAAUGGACAGAUUUCAGGCUACCCACUUACAUUAACCCAGAACACUAUGAUUUGGAAAUGAAGCCUGUGAUGGAUGCAGAUAUAUACACAGGGACAGUCAACAUCUCCAUCAACUUGAGUAAACCUACCAAGUACUUGUGGCUUCACCUCCGAGAGACCAAGAUCACAGAGAUGCCCAUGCUCCAGAAAUCCUCAGGGGAGCAGAUUGCACUGAUUGAGUGUUUUGAAUAUGAACAACACGAAUAUGUGGUGAUGGAGGCAAAAGAGGUGCUCUCUGCCACUACUGCAAAUGACAACUAUCUACUAACCCUGAAGUUCCAAGGCUGGCUGAAUGGCUCCCUCGUUGGAUUUUAUAAAACCACCUACACUGAGAAUGGAGUGACCAAGAGCAUAGCAGCUACUGAUCAUGAGCCAACAGACGCACGGAAGUCGUUUCCUUGCUUUGAUGAGCCCAACAAAAAAGCAACUUACAACAUAUCAAUCAUCCAUAAAGAACCAUUCAAAGCACUCGCAAACAUGCCGGUAGAGCAAACAGUUCAAGUGGGUGAGGGCUGGAACAGGACAACUUUUCAGAAAUCUGUCCCAAUGAGCACAUAUUUGGUGUGCUUUGCUGUGCAUCAGUUUGACUGGGUAGAAAGAAAGUCUGCCAGUGGAAUUCCUCUCAGGAUAUAUGCACAGCCACAGCAAAUACACACAGCAGAAUAUGCAGCAAAUGUUACUAAAAUUGUAUUUGACUACUUUGAACAGUAUUUUGAUAUGAAUUACUCUCUUCCAAAAUUAGAUAAAAUAGCUAUUCCAGAUUUUGGUACUGGCGCUAUGGAAAACUGGGGUCUGAUCACUUACAGAGAAACAAAUCUACUUUACGAUCCCAAAGAAUCUGCUUCAUCCAACAAACAGAGAGUGGCAACUGUGAUUGCCCAUGAGCUCGUUCAUCAGUGGUUUGGAAACAUUGUGACCAUGGACUGGUGGGACGACUUGUGGCUAAAUGAAGGAUUUGCCAGUUACUUUGAGUUCCUGGGAGUAAAUGCUGCAGAAACUAGUUGGCAAAUGCUUGAUCAGGUGUUAAUUGACGACGUGCUGCCUGUGAUGAAGGAUGACUCCUUGUUGUCUUCUCACCCUGUUGUGGUCAGUGUGUCAUCUCCAGCUGAAAUAACAUCUGUAUUUGAUGGCAUAUCAUACAGCAAGGGAGCAUCAAUUCUCAGAAUGCUUCAAGACUGGAUUACACCAGCAAAAUUUCAAAAUGGAUGUCAGGGCUAUCUAAAGAAAUACCAUUUCCAGAAUGCAAAGACAGAUGAUUUCUGGGAAUCCCUGGAAGAGGCAAGUGGUAAGCCAGUGAAGGAAGUGAUGGACACCUGGACCAGGCAGAUGGGAUACCCUGUAUUGAGAGUGGAAGCUAAUUCGAACGUCACACAGAGACGUUUUCUGUUGGACCCCUCAGCAAAUUCUUCUGAACCGACCUCUUCACUAGGUUACAUAUGGAAUAUCCCGGUGAAAUGGCGUGCUGGGACCGAAGUAGAUGUUACAUUCUACAAUAAGUCAGAAUCUGCAGGAAUUACUAUAACACCCAGCAACCCUGAUUCUUUACUGAAAAUAAAUCCAGACCACAUUGGGUUUUAUCGUGUAAAUUAUGAAACACAAACUUGGAACGACAUAAGCAGCUUAUUGGCUAUCAACCAUACGUCUUUUUCUUCCGCUGAUCGUGCUGGGCUUCUGGAUGAUGUGUUUUCUUUGGCAAGGGCUGAACUUUUGAAUUAUGAUGUUCCACUGAAUCUAACAAAAUAUCUACAAGAUGAAGGAGACUAUUUACCUUGGCAUAGAGUUAUAUCAGCUGUAUCUUACCUCAGAGACAUGCUUGGAGAUGAUACACAGCUCUACCCCAGGUUUAAGGCAUACUUUCGCAGUCUGGUUAAACCCAUUGCAAGUCAGCUGGGUUGGAACGAUGAUGAAACUGGAAGCCAUGUGACAAGGCUUCUUCGUGCAGCUGUUUUAGGAUUUGCAUGCAGCAUGGAUGACCAGGAUGCUUUGAACAAUGCAUCUAGCUUAUUUGAUUCCUGGUUAAAUGGAGCAAGUCCACCUGUAAAUCUCCGGCUCUUGGUAUAUCGCUAUGGGAUGCAGAACUCCGGCAAUGAGACAUCAUGGAACUUUAUGUUUCAGAAAUACCAAAGUACUUCAUUAGCUCAAGAAAAAGAAAAGUUGCUCUAUGGUCUGGCAUCAGUGAAGAACAUCACCCUUUUGGACAGGUAUCUAAAAUAUAUUUACAACACCAGUCUUAUUAAAAGUCAGGAUGUAUUCACUGUCCUGACAUACAUCUCCUAUAACAGCUAUGGCAAAACCAUGGCUUGGGACUGGAUACGGCUCAACUGGGAGUACUUAGUCAGCAGAUACACUAUCAAUGAUAGAUAUCUUGGUCGAAUAGUAUCAAUAACCCAAACAUUCAACACUGACCUUCAGCUUUGGCAGAUGGAAAAUUUCUUUGAAAAAUACCCGAAUGCUGGAGCAGGAGAAACACCCAGGAAACAGGCUCUUGAAACCGUGAAGAACAAUAUUGAAUGGCUAAAACAAAACAAGGGAGAGAUAGAAGCAUGGCUAACAACCUAA